AUGGAGGACAUUACUGCAGUGUUGAACAAGAAAGCUGCACUAGAUGUAUCAGCACAACAAAGCGUUUCUGUGACUAAGGUAUUAGAUCCAGAAAUUGAUUUGGGUACACUUCUAAGUUUCGAUUCAAAUGAUUUUGACACUCAACAACUCAGAUCAGAUCAAGAAAAAUACUUAACAAAUGAAACUAGGAAUAAUGUGCAGUUAUUGAUAAACAAAUUAUUUGAAUUGCCUAUGAAAAAUGAAGAUGGUUACAUGUAUGUAGAUUUACCAGAACCUAGAUAUAAUUUACCCCGUGAAAAACCAUUACCAACGGCUAAACCACUUACCAAAUGGCAGAAAUUUGCCAUUGAAAAGGGAAUCAAGAAAACAUCUAAACCAAAAGCAACUUGGGAUGAAAUUUUACAGAAAUGGAUACCAACUUAUGGUUACAAAAAAGCUGCUGCAGACAAAGAAAAAGAUUGGAUAUUGGAAGUGCCUGGUAAUGCUGCUGAUCCAAAUAUUGAUUUAUUUGCUCAAAAACGAGAAGCAAAGAAAGAGCGUGUUGCUAAAAAUGAGUAUCAAAGAUUACGAAAUAUAGCUGCUUCACGUAAGAUAAAAGUUCCUGCUGUUGGAUUACCUCCUUUAGAAGGAACAUUACAUUCAAAUCAGUUGAAAACGGCUGUUGAUGUAGCUAAGAUAUCUACUGCAUCCGUUGGUAAAUUCCAGCCAAAAAUAAGCAAAGAGGUGGUAUCUACUAAAAAAAAUAUACCAGGAUUAAAGAAAGAUAAAAUCCCAGCUAAGAGCAUGAAAGAUGAAAAAUCAAGCAGUCUUCAAAUAUUAGAAUCAAUUAAUAACAAAAAACCAAAAUUCAAUUUAGAAAAAGCUGCUAAUAAAGCUAUUCACGCAGAGGAAGUCGAGAGACAUAGAGAGAAAAAAGAAGGAAGUGAUAAAAAGAAAGGAGGACGUUCACGCAGCAAAGGAUCAUUUAAAAGACCUACUGCCAAUACUGGCAAGCGUUUGGGAAAACAAAAAGGUGGUCGUAAACGUAGAUAA